GCGGCGUUUAAACACAGUCCUGGUGCGACUCCGCGCCCACGUCCCGGAACUAGAUUGUGUUUCCCUAUGCUGAUCGCGCGGUGAGCCGCAAUGGAGUCCUCAGUCUUGGAAACUGAUUCAGUUAUUUCAAGAACAAAGAGGCAUGUAAGAGACAGAAGAAUUUCAAAGACUGCAAAACUGAAUGUUUCUCUCGCUUCAAAAAUCAAAACAAAAAUAAUAAAUAAUUCUUCUAUUUUCAAGAUUUCUCUAAAGCACAACAACAGGGCAUUAGCUCAGGCUCUUAGUAGAGAGAAAGAGAAUUCUCGAAGAAUUACAACUGAAAAGAUGAUAUUGCAAAAAGAAGUGGAGAAACUGAAUUUUGAGAAUAUGUUUCUUCGUCACAAGCUAAAUAACUUGAAUAAGAAGCUUAUAGAAAUAGAAGCACUCAUGAACAACAACUUAAUCACUGCGAUUGAAAUGAGCAGUCUUUCUGAGUUCCACCAGAGUCCUUUUUCACUGCCAGCUAGCAAGAAGAAACAAAUUAGUAAGCAGUCCAAGUUGAUGCGUCUUCCGUUUGCAAGAGUUCCAUUAACUUCAAAUGAUGAUGAUGAUGAUGGUGAUGGUGAUGAUAAAGAGAAAAUGCAGUGUAACCAGUCUGUUUUAUCAGAGGCACCACCUGAUAUUCCCUCUUCAGCAUCAACAAAGCGGUCUUUAUCUGCACGGCAUAAUUUGGAAGAGUUACUUCAGAAAGAAAAUAACCAAAUUAUAUAUAGUCUGGAUGACUCAGAACAUAUUUCUUCUCUUGUGGAUAUACUUCCCAAAGAAAGCUGUUCUUCUUCAGACCAAAGUUUCAAGAGUUCUCUAAGUGCAAUGGGAAAUACCACAUCAGUUGUUCCCAGCAGGGCUAAGCAGUCUCCUAGUAACGUGACUGAAAGGAAGAAACAUAGGUCAUCCCGGGGAUCAGCCAAUUUGCCUGCAGACACACCUUGUACAACAAAUAUAGAUGAAGAACAAUGCAUUUCAGCUCCAGAAUUAAAUUUGACGAAUGAGUUAAAUGAUUGCACUCAGGAAACAAAUAAUAAAACUCACAGAAAUGGCCAGUGUCUUCCUGGCUUAUCUUCUGGAUCUGCAAGUGAACCUAAUGCAAAGCAGGUGAAUCAACUGCAAGAUAAUGAUGACUUGCAACUACAGAAAACUGUGUAUGAUGGUGACAUGGAUUUAACUGCUAGUGAAGUCAGCAAAAUUGUUACAGUUUCAACAGGCACUAAAAAUAAAAGUAAUAAAAGUGUAAGUGAUUGUCAAACAAAAACUUUUAGAAAAGUGAAAGAUCCACGCGCUGAAAGAAAGAAAGAAAGGUCAAAGAGAAAAUAUAAAAGUAAUUCAGUUGUGGAUACUGAGGAAAAGAUUGAAAACAGACCAGAAAGAAGAUCUGUUGUCCUGGAUGACAAAAGUAAUUCAGAAGACCUACAUUUUUUUACUUUUAGUACUGAACAGCUGGCUCAAGUGAACACUCUGAAGGAAAUAACCCCCAGUAAGAACUUCAACUCAGAUGACAGAGGUAAUACACAGUGUAAUAAAAAGAAGAGAACAACAUAUGUAAUAAAUGAGCAAAAAGAAAUACACUCUUUCUCUCAAAGUUCAGAUCAGUUCCUUCAAGAGGGUAAAUUUGAUUUGGGUCAGAAUUCCAUAGCUGGAAAUAGAAGUAAAGCUUCUAGGCAGACAUUUGUGAUUCAUAAGUUAGAAAAAGGAAUUGUAUUCCCAACCCAAAAGGGUAAAGAAACCACUUCUGAAAAUCUAGGAAUCACAGAUGAACCUGAAACAGCCAAUUUUUUCACCAAAGAUACUGGAAAUUUAUGUAAUUAUGAGACCCAGGAUAUGCUGAAUUUGAACAAGUAUGUCACUGAUAUGCAGGCUGCUCAGCAAAAUGAAUCAAAAAUAAACAAACCUGAGCGUAAAAUAAAUCGGAAGACAGAAAUAAUUUCCAAAAGAAACCAGAUACAUGAGACUGAUGAUAGAGAUUUGCACAGACUAGAAAACAGUAGCUUUUUGUCUGAAACCCAACAGGAAAAAGAAACCAUGUCUGGAAACCUAGAAGUUACAGAACAAUUUCAAGCACUUCAUUUCAUCAGAGAUAAUGGAUAUGAGACCCAGAAUGUGUUGGGUUGGCAAAAGCAGAUCACCAGUGUGUAUCCUGUUCAAGAGAAUGAAUCAAAAGUUAAUAAGCUUAGGCAGAGAGUAAGUCGGAGAACAAAAAGAAUUUCUGAAGUGGACCAUUUAAAUAAUGCCAAAAGUGUGCAUUGCCUGGAAACGGAUAGUUAUUUCUUUCCAACUCAAAAGGAUAAAGAGAUCAUCCCUGGAAAUCUGCAAGACCCGAGUGAGUUUCAAACAUCUGUUCUUCCUACCAAAGAUAGUGGAAACCUUUAUGAAGGGGUGAUAAAACAUGUCCAUGCUGUGCCGCCUGCCUGUCAAAAUGCUUCAAAAACAGACAAGAAACUUAGACAAAAGGUCUGUCGAAAAACAGAAAUAAUUUCUGCAGUGAACCAAACACAUGAGAUUGGUGACAAACCUUUGUGUGACCUAGAAAACAGUAACUUCUUUUCUCCAACCCCAAAAUAUAAAGAAGCCGUUUCUGGAAACAUGCAAAUCACAAAUGAAUUUCCAACAGCUGUUCUUCCCACUAAAGAUAAUGGAAAUCUAUGUGACUAUGACACCCGUGAUAUAUUGGAUUUGCAAAAGCGUGCCACUGAUAGGGAAGCAACUGAGAGAAAUGAUCCAAAAAUAAAUAAGAAGCUUAGGCAGAAAGAAAAUCGGAAGACGGUAAUAAUUGGUGAAGUGAACUGGAUAUGUGGAGAUGAUGAUAAAGGAGUGCUUGGUCAGGAAAGCUUUCCAAAAGACUUUGACUUUAAAAUUAGUAAAUCUAAACAAGGACUUGACUGUCAGGGCACCAGUGGACACUAUGUGAGUACCAACAGUAAUGAAAACAGUCACCAAAUUUUAGAUCCUUACAAACUAGCCAACAAGUAUAGAAAGAAAUCUGGCAAAGCAAGGGAUAAGAACAAACCUAUUGCGAAGUUGACAGAUUCUUCCCAGACAUCUCUCUCCUUAGAAUUUGGUUUGCAAAAUGUUGCUAAUGAAGCAGAUGCUGAUGCAGGCAACCAAACUGACCACUGUAACAGUGAGAAGCACAGUGCUCUGCCUUUGAGUAAAAGAAGAGAUACUUUCUUUAUAGAGAUGGUAAAAGAAGGAGAAAGCCAGAAGAAAAAAGUAAAUAAAGUGACUUCCAAAUCAAAGAAAAGAAAGACUUUUCUAGCUACCUCUCCAGAUACACAUGAAGUAAUGGGAGUAAUGCCUGACAUUAUUCGAAGAAAGUCAGUUGACUGUGGACAGACUGACAAGGAAAAUUAUUUGGAGAAUGAGCAAAUGGUCACAGUAAAGCCAGACUUUUGCACCGAAAAGUUUAAAUCUUUUUCUCGGAUAUAUUCACCUAACAUAAAAGAUUCUUCCUUUCACAGUGUUCAUAAGAGUUCAAUACCUCUGAGUUUUUCUUCUAGUAAAAGUCUGGUAGUAAAAGAAACUUUUGCCCUGGAAUGCUCACCAGUGUUUCAAGCAAGUGAGGAUGUACAUGAGAAGGUGAAAGAGAUGAAGCUUAAAGUCAACCAGAAAACAAAAAAAUCAGAAAUAGGUGUUAGAACAUUACAGGACUUGACAAAUACCAAUUUUGUUUCUUGUGACACUGCAAAAUCUGAAAAUGUGUUAGAAGAUCCUUCCUCAGAGCUUCCGAGGAAAAGAAGGAGAUGUGUACCUCUCUCUCUGAAAGAGCCGAGUCUCAGAAGGAAGAUGAGAAGAUGAGGUGAAGUUUGUGGAUUUUGUUUUUUUCUGAAUUCCCAGCAUAAGUCACAACAGAAGUAUAACAAGGAUCAAGAAGAUGGAAUACUCAAUAAAAAGCACCUUUUUUUGUUAUUGUUUUGGGACUAUUUGUGGAUUGUUUAUUUAUCCAUUAUGUUGAUAAAUAUAUGUGUAUAAGAUAUUAUUUUAUAAUAAUAAACCUUAAAAAUUUUUUGGUCAUCA